AGCUUUGUCAAUACAUUUUUUGAUGUGAGUCAUUCUGGUCGUUAGGUUACACACGGGUAAAUUGGAUGUGUAGAAAAUUUGACAGGUCUGAAUUAAAUUAUAAAGUUAAAAGUUAAUUUUUACAAUGCCGAAUAACGAUAAGAAACAGGAUAAUAUAGAGAAUAAUAACGAGCAUAAUACAAUAGAAAGCACUCAAGCAGUAGCUGCUGCAACAGAAGCAUUGAUUGCGGCCGCUGUAGCCGGUAGUAAAUCCGGACCCACUGCCAAUAAUAAGGAUGAUGAUGAUGUGGGGAAAAAAAGUUCUGAUGCAAAGUCAACAUCAGCAGGUCAAUUAUUCAGAAAUCCUGGUAUACUGCAGGUACUGUCUGAGGUGGCAGCUGCCGGUAGGCAAUCAAAACAGUUUGCUUUUUGGUCUACCCAACCGGUGCCCAAAUUAAAUGAAGAUAUUACUACAAAUGAGUGUAUCGAACCCGAUAAAGAUAUUUCGGAGAUUCGUCCAGAUCCAUAUACGCUGCCGGAAGGUUUUAAAUGGGAUACUCUUGAUUUAAAUAGUACCACCGAUUUAACUGAAUUGUAUACUCUCUUAAAUGAAAAUUAUGUAGAGGAUGAUGAUGCUAUGUUUCGCUUCGAUUAUCAACCUGAAUUUCUUAAGUGGUCAUUGCAACCACCAGGUUGGAGACGUGACUGGCAUGUGGGUGUGCGUGUAGUAAAAUCAGGACGCUUAGUUGGUUUCAUAUCUGCUAUUCCAAGCAAGUUGCGUUGCUAUGACAAAGUACUGAAAACUGUUGAGAUAAAUUUUUUAUGCGUUCAUAAAAAAUUACGUAGCAAACGUGUAGCGCCGGUGCUAAUACGUGAAAUAACUCGUCGUGUAAAUUUGACUGGUAUUUUCCAGGCGGCGUACACAGCGGGCGUAGUGCUGCCUAAACCAGUUUCAACCUGUCGCUAUUGGCAUCGAUCUUUGAACCCUAAAAAGCUUGUUGAGGUGAAAUUUUCACAUUUAGCACGCAAUAUGACAAUGCAACGAACUAUAAAACUGUACAAACUACCAGAUCAACCCAAAACCAAAGGAUACCGUCGCAUUCAACCUAAAGAUAUGGAUAAGACACAGAAACUACUUGAAGAGUACCUUAAGAAAUUUUCUUUAAGUCCAGUUUUCUCCAAGGAAGAAUUUCGUCAUUGGUUUACACCUAAAGACGGCAUUAUUGACUGUUUCAUUGUAGAAGACGAACAUGGUAAUAUCACUGAUAUGACCAGCUAUUAUUGUUUACCCUCUUCAGUGAUGCAUCAUCCGGUACACAAGACUGUACGUGCUGCUUAUUCUUUCUAUAAUGUGUCCACAAAAACACCUUGGUUGGAACUGAUGAAUGACGCUUUGAUCUCCGCAAAGAAUGUCAGUUUGGACGUAUUCAAUGCACUUGACCUAAUGGAAAAUAAAAACUUUUUGUUUCAAUUGAAAUUCGGUACCGGCGAUGGCAAUCUUCAAUAUUAUCUAUACAAUUGGCGUUGUCCAGCUAUGAAACCAGAGGACGUGGCGCUAAUUUUAAUGUAGUGGACACGAAGCAGAAUUAUAUAAAGUACGAAAUCUAGCACAGUUAAUAUUAUAUAACAAAAGUUCAAGACCUACCACAAAAGCCAGCACUGCAAAAUGUAAUUUAACAGUUUGUUUAAUUAUUCUGCUUACAUGCAUAACGAUGUCCAUUAAGUUGUAUUGUUACAACACUACAUAUAAAUAACCACAAUGGAGUUGGUAUAAUUUAAAGAUACUUUAAAAAGAUAUACAUAAGCAUAUGUAUAUCCGACAUGUCUUGAAAAUCUUGAGUUCUCUAAAUAGCUAUCUUAAUACAUAAUUAUGCACAUGUACAUAUAUUAUAUAUGUACCUAUAGCACAACAAAGUUAAACAAUUCCAAUAAAAAUAUAUAUAGAGGUAUAGCUUCUUAGUUUGCAUAUAUGUAUGUAUAUUUGAAAAUCAAUACCGUAUUUUUCAGUAUAAAAAUGACAACAUACUUGUAAAUAUGAUGAUCAUUCUAAUACCAAUAUUUUGUCUACAUUCUUUUUACUGUACUACCAUCUUGCUUUAUAUGAUUUGAUUUUAUUAUAAUAAUCAGAUAAACUCGUUUCUUCUAGUCAAUAAGAUCAGAUACCAUUCACGAAUCAAGUUCUCGACUCACCUUUUCAAGACUUAAUGACGGUAAUAUGAACGAAUUGAGAGAGAUUCUAAGUUAUCUAUUUUACAUUUUUGUAUUCUUUAAAAAAAUUGCGAAGAAGUACAUACUCAUUUCUAUUAGCAGCGUCAACUUAAAGCUAAAAAUAUAUGCAGUGCAUUCCCGCAUUCAUUGGUUAACUAUGGACCACAAAUAGAAGUAAUAAAGCAAAUUCCGAUUACAAUCUUUAUCUUAUUGAAUAAUAAAUGAAUUUAACGAAUAGAAA